AGGGAGCAAAGAGGGGAAGAAGCAAAGCGAUCGAGAUGGCGAGAUCUUCGGCAGCUCCUUCUCUCAUGUCUCUCGGCCUCCUCCUGGUCCUCCUCUCGGCGGCAGCCGCAGCCGCUGCGUCGGGGGACGAGCUCUCCCUGGGGUGGAUCCCCGUUCGAUCCGGCUGCAGUGGGAGCGUGGCGGAGUGCGUGGCAGGGGAGGAGUUCGAGCUAGGGUCGGAGGUGACCCGCCGCAUCCUCGCCCGCUCCUACUACAUCAGCUACGCCGCUCUCAGGCGCGACAGCGUGCCCUGCUCCCGCCGUGGCGCCUCCUACUACAACUGCCGCCCCGGCGCCCGCGCCAACCCCUACUCCCGCAGCUGCUCCGCCAUCACCCGCUGCCGGCGGUGAAACAAGAUCCGAUCAUUCGGUUCGUCAGACGUGGAUUGAUUUGUUCUUUGUGGUGUUACGGAAUUGUAAACAGCAGGAGUUCCCCUUCUUCAUUCGAAAUCCGUUUGUAGACAUAAACCGAUUUAAUGAGUAAGAGUUUGGAUGUUUUAUUAUUCUAUCUAUAAAUAUAUUGUAAUAAAUAUUAUUGAUCAAAGGGGAAUGAAAUGCCAUUAAUUUUC